UUCCCCUCCCUCCUAAAAACCAACGGCACAUCUUUAUAACGCUCAUCAUGCCUCGGAUCCAUCACCGGCGGCAAGUAAUACGGCCUCACCUCGUACUGGUAGCGGGACUUGCGGUUGGUGAAUUUGACAAUCAUGAGGCAGAGGUCGCAUCCUUCUCCUUCUCCUACUUCUUCGCCGCCUUCAUCAUGUUUUCCGCCAUUUUUCCUACCACUUCCUCCUCCACUUCCACUUCCACUUCUUUUCUUCUCUGCUGCUACUGCUGCUGUUGCUUCCGCCGCUAAUUCAGCCUGCUCUUGCAUCCCCCUCCAAGACCGAAGCGUGACGGUCGUUUCAUUGUAGUACGCGUAAUCUGUCCAGGAGAGGGAGGCAAGCCAGUGCGGGACGAUGGCGCAGACGGAGCAAAGCUUGGGGUAGCGGCGGGCCAUCUUUGACUUUGACUUUGACUUUUUUUGGCGGCGUUCGGCAGCAACGCUGUAUGCUAUGCUAUGGCUAUGCUAUGGUAUGGCUAUCCAAAAGUUUGGAGCAAACGAAGGUAUAAAGGUAUGUAAUAUAAUAUAUCUCGGAGGUAGGUAGGGUAGGAGCUUUCGAUGUCUUCCUAGGACAACAACAAAACAACGGAAGUAAUGGUUCACUCACUGAGAGAAAAUUGAGAGGAGCGAGUAGCGAGUAUGAAAGGUUGAAAAGGUCAACAUGUUGAAUGUCGUGGCAGCAAUGUUAGGUUCUCUGCGAGUUAAUAUGAAGGAACGAGAUGGAACGAAGGAAUAC